GACUUCUUUUCACUCUCACAAAGUAAGAAGCAAAAUUCGCAAUGAGAGAAGAAGAAGUCUCUGAUUGCGGAUCCAUUACACUUGAAGAGUGGAAUGGUUCUUCUUCUACUAAGCUAUUCAAAACAGCAACCAUCACUGCCUCCUCUUCUCUCUCCAUCCAAAGGUCUGCUAAUCGCUUCAAUCAUGUAUGGAGACGAGUUCUUCAAGCAUUUGUACCAGAGGGCUUUCCUGGUAGUGUAACUCCGGAUUAUGUAGGGUUUCAGUUAUGGGACACGUUACAGGGGCUCUCAACUUAUACAAAGAUGAUGCUUUCCACUCAGGCUCUUUUGAGUGCAAUUGGCGUUGGUGAGAAAUCCGCAACUGUUAUAGGUGCUACAUUUCAAUGGUUUCUGAGGGAUUUUACUGGGAUGCUUGGAGGCAUAUUGUUCACAUUUUAUCAGGGUUCCAACCUGGAUAGCAAUGCAAAAAUGUGGCGCCUAGUUGCUGACCUUAUGAACGAUAUCGGAAUGCUAAUGGACCUUCUUUCUCCUUUGUUUCCAUCUGCCUUUAUCUUUGUGGUUUGCUUAGGGAGCCUAUCAAGAUCAUUUACUGGUGUUGCAAGUGGAGCAACCAGAGCAGCUCUAACACAGCACUUUGCUCUUCAAGACAAUGCAGCGGAUAUAUCUGCUAAGGAAGGAAGCCAAGAGACUAUGGCAACUAUGAUGGGGAUGUCAUUGGGAAUGUUGCUAGCUCGGUUUACCUCUGGAAACCCUAUGGCUAUUUGGUUUUCGUUUCUCUCUCUCACCGUGUUUCAUAUGUAUGCAAACUAUAGAGCUGUCCGGUGUCUUGUAUUGAAUUCAUUAAACUUCGAGAGGAGUUCGAUUCUUCUAACACAUUUCAUGCAAACUGGCCAAGUUCUCUCCCCCGAACAGGUUUCUUCGAUGGAGGGUGUAUUGCCCAUGUGGGCCACUUCAUCACGUAUUUCACUGCAUAAGAGAGUGCAUUUAGGUGUAAGAGUUUCUUCUCUCCCUCGUCUAGAAAUGAUGCAGCUGCUAAAUGGUGUUGGAGCUUCUUCAUACAAGAAUGCUAAGUACUUAUUGGCUCACAGAAAGGGAAAUGUUAGUGUGAUCUUGCACAAAGAUUCAGAAGCUGCAGAUGUGUUGAAAUCAUAUAUCCAUGCCAUUGUUUUGGCAAACCUUAUGGAAAAAAGCACAUCUUUUUAUUCAGAAGGAGAAGCUUGGAUUGAUAAACACUACGGCGAAUUUCUCCACAAGCUGAGAUCAGGAGGUUGGAAAACAGAGCGUCUUCUUUCGCCUUCCAUUACUUGGAGAGCAAAUUGGAUAUCUCACACUUCCGUUGCUAAGAUCGACUGAGCUUUUAUAUGUGUGUUUUAUUCGCUUAAGCAAACCAAUAUGUAGAAAUGUUAAAACGGAUUUUGACAAAAAUUAUUAUCAAGCUUUUUUGGAAAACGAUCCGUACCGGUUUAACCGGAGAAAGUCGGUUUGACAUGAGUAACGUUUGUUAUUAAUGGAAAAUUAAAGAAUAAUAAUGGCA